AUGGAGCAAUCGGAACCUGGGCUUCGAGAGGCUCGGACCAAGCAGUCUAAAUCCAAACCUGCGCCGUUUACAAACUUUUACACGCCUGAAAACUCGGGCUUUUACGCCAAGUUCAAGUACCGACCUUUGGACAAGAAGUAUGAAGAAAUUCGACUCCUCGAUGUUGACCUCACUGGGGGCAACAUACACCGAAUGAUCCAUUCCAUUUCCCUAGCAAAAGCUGGUAAAUAUUGCGCCAUCUCGUAUUACUCGGGCAAUCCCAAGGACACCGUGCCGGUCUGGAUCGAGGGCAUCAAGAUGAACAUAUUUUCCAAUCUGGCCAAGGGAAUCGAGAACGCUGCCGGUUUCUGGAAGAAAGGAUCUCCGAAUCAGCCCCUUCGACUCUGGGUGGACCAGAUUUGCAUCAACCAGAGCGAUUUACCAGAAAAGUCGCACCAAGUCAACUUUAUGCGCGAGAUCUACCGGAACGCUACACAUGUAUACGUGUCAAUGCCGAUUGAAAGGAACCUUCGGCCCAUUUUCGAAUGGCUGACGGGUCUUACAGCGGCGAAAAUGACGGAGGGGUACGAGCCAUCACCAAACAUGCUCUACGAGAACCCGCCACCAGAGCCAAACCUCCCAGGGAGAUGGAGAGAUAAGGUCAAUCCAGAAUGGCCAGCAGAUUCUUGGGAAGACAUUUACCGUGUGAUCAACCAUUCUUGGUGGAGCCGCUCGUGGGUUUACCAGGAAUUCAUUGUCGCGUCCGAUGUCUUCUUUCUAUUUUCUGGUGAGGUCUCGAUGCCAUGGAAUCAGCUCCAUCCCAUCCUGUCUCUUUUCAUGGAACUGGACACCGUCAAUGCAUGCAGGGAGGCGCUACAGAAACGGGACCAGGCUGAUGACACCAUGCAUCGGUACAAGAUCUUUGCCAGUAUCAAGCCCAUGAAAGACCAUCUUCGCAACGCAUUCAAGGCAGCCUCCCAUGUACUAAAAGCUGCUGUGUACGCUGUACCUUGGACCCUCGGCUGUUGCUUCUUUCGCUAUCCUUGCUGUCCCGGGUACGAGGCAAGGACGACGCAAAAGUUGAGAAGUAGAACAAGUUUAGUGGGAAUGGGACACCAUAUCCAGCGGUUAAGAACAACGAACGCGAGUCGAGCACUCGUAAACAGGGUCAUAGAGGGUCGAGAGCUAUGGGAAAGGCAGCAGCAUAAGAUUAACUUGUCUUAUCUUCUUCAACACGCACGAAACACCGAAACAUCACAGCCGAAAGACAAGUUUUAUGCCUUUGUCGGACUGGCCAACCUCGGGAACGAAGUGCCGAUCCGGUACGAGGCAAGUUACAGCAUCCAGGCGGUGCUCAUCGAUGUAGCUCGCGCGAUCGUCGUGCAUGAAGACAGAGGCCUCGACAUCUUGGCACAAGCAGGGACGGCGGCACACAGUCGAGACCUCCCCGAAGGCAAAGACGCACUGCCAUCGUGGGUCCCAGAUUGGGAUAAGCGGGAGGACAUCGAGAGGCAAAAGUUCAUCGACGCCUUGGAGCUGCCAUCCGCAUGCAGUGCAGGCACAAUUCACAGCUCUAAAGCAUCUCUGGACUUUUUGGAAGACAGGCACGGGAAAGAGAGCAGAGUGCUGGUCGCCGCGGGUACUCAGGUUGAUGUUCUUGGAAGCGCCAUUGGUAGAGGCCAUGAUGGGUUCCUGCCGUGGAAGUCCUUUUCCAGCUCAGAUGGCCGACGGGUGAUCACGACGACGAGUAUUGCGCAUUUUGGUGACGAGGUUUGGGUUCUUGACGGCAUGAGCUGGCCGGUCGUGUUACGAAGAAGUUCGACUGACGGUUCCACUACGCUCCUCGCCAUCGCUAUGGUGCGUGAGAAUGGUCAGCCUCAUCAGCUGAUGUUCGGAGACAAAAGAUUUUCACGAGAGGCAGAUAGAGUUGUAUUAGUCUAA